CAUCAAGGUGUGUUGUCCUCGAGAUGGUUAAACAAAAAAAGGCCGUGACAAGUAAAGGGGACGAUAGUAAGAAAGGAAUUAAAGAUGAUGCUGAACAAAAAGUGUUGGAUUAUCUAAGAAAACAGAAUCGACCUUACAGUGUCACCGAUAUUUCGAAUAAUCUUCACAAUGCCAUCACGAAGGCAGCCAUCCAGAAAGCUUUAACAAAUCUCGUGGAUAAGGAAGAGGUCGGUUGUAAAACUUAUGGGAAGCAAUCGGUUUACGUGGUAAAACAGGUGAGAAUCACCAAUUCUCAACUGAAUGAGAUGGACGUGAAGAUCGAAGAACUUAAGAAAGAGGUUAAUGAUUACAAGGAUCGAAAUAAGCAAUUACAAUCAG